AUGGACACCUCCUCCAAAAACUUACAGUUCCUGGCUGUAGACGAUAGCAACUUCCACGCCCACAUUCUCCUGGUAGGCAAACUGCAGCGGGUCAAGUGCAUGGCUUACCUGAGGUCUAAGGAUGUGAAGCAGCAGUCGUUCCAUGAGUCCUGCAGCACACUCCAGUCAGAUGACUCAAAGCAGUCCCUGAGGUCAUCCUCUUCCUCAGGAGACCAUUUCCUGAAGGAGCGUGUGGUGGUCCCCCUGGUAGACACGGUGUUUCUGAUUAAGAAGUCUCUGCAGAAGGGCAUUUUGCAGCUGCAAGACAAAGCAAAUAAUGCACACAGGGCAACAAAGCGCAUAGAAAUUCUCCACGGCUUACUUCAUGAAAAGUAUAAAGUGUCAGAAGCCUUCAUCAGGAUAUUAACGCGAAGAAUCAUCAGCCUCCUCUCAGUGCAAGAGAAAAAGGAAAAUUGGGUCAUUGCCCAAGCUUUGUCGGGGCACUUUGUUGCUGAGGGAGGGUCCUUCAGACACAUGCUCUGGGUUCACCUGGAAGACACUGUGGCAUCUGCCUUGGCCCAGAUCCUGGCCGUCAUUGACGGUGACAACAACCUUGACAACCUCAUCAGUGACCAGUCCCCUGAGAUGAACAACCUUGACAACCUCAUCAGUGAUCAGGCACCUGAGAUGGCACAGCUGUGGCUCAGGAUAUUUCAAGGAGAUCAGUGGGACCUGCUGAACAUCCCAGUCAUUCAGUCAGUCUUUAAAUGGCUUGGAUAUACUGUAACUCUACAAAUGUGCCUUAUUUAG